AUGGAGGUCACAGCUCUCUGCAUCAGACUGUUGGUGACUGUGUUGACUCUGACGUGUUCAAAUGCUCAGAAAGAUGAUGCAGCUCUCAGUAUCCAACCAAGCAGACUGCAGUUCUUUGAAUAUGAGUCUGUAACUCUUCAUUGUGGGGAGUUUAAUGGCUCAACGGGAUGGAAAAUUGUACAUGAGUCCAAAAUACCCAUAUUUGUUUCUAAUAGCUCAUCCUACAACAUUAAAACUGUUUAUCUAGAGGACAGUGGUGAAUACUACUGUGAAGCUGCAGGGGGGAGGAAAAGCAACAGCAUCAACAUCACUGUCACAAAUGGUUCUGUGAUUCUGGAGAGUCCUGCUCUUCCUGUGAUGGAGGGAAAUACAGUGACUCUGCGCUGUAGAAAUAAAACCACUUCUACCAACCCCACAGCUGAUUUCUAUAAAGAUGGACUCUUCAUCAGGAGCAGCUCUACAGGGGAGAUGAUCAUCUACAGUGUCUCCAAGUCUGAUGAAGGACUCUACAAGUGUAACAUCUCAGGAACUGGAGAAUCACCAGAGAGCUGGCUGGCUGUCAGAGUUUCACCUCCAGAAUCGAAAAACCAUUCUCAUCCUUCCUCCUCCAGUGCUGUCCCAUGGAUCAUUGUGACUUGUUUACUGGUGGUUCUGUUGGUGGUGGUUGGCAUACAGUGUUUUGGCAAAGAUUAUUGGCUCAGAGAUGGGGAUGAAGCCUUGUCUACAUCUGCUUACUACACCUUGGGACUGGAUAAGACUGAACAACUGGAUGAAGAGGAACUCUCACUUUGGUCUGGAGCUUUUUACUACGCCUUUGAUGGGACUCAACAACUGGCUGCUUUUUCCAUCUCUAUAGAAUCCAGUGCAGUUAAGGAAGACAAAUCAGCAUAUGCUUCUGCAACAAAAACCAGGAAGAGGAAAGUGGUGACUGUGUUGACUCUGCUGUGUUCAUAUGCUCAGAAAGAUGAUGCAGCUCUCAGUAUCCAACCAAGCAGACUGCAGUUCUUUGAAUAUGAGUCUGUAACUCUUCAUUUUGGGGAGUUUAAUGGCUCAACGGGAUGGACAAUUGUACAUCAGUUUAAAGGGGAAAUACCCAAAUGUGUUUCUAAUAGCUCAUCCUACAACAUUAAAACUGUUUAUCCAGAGGACAGUGGUGAAUAUUACUGUGAAGCUGCAGGGGGGAGGAGAAGCAACAUCAUCAACAUCACUGUCACAACUGGUUCUGUGAUUCUGGAGAGUCCUGCUCUUCCUGUGAUGGAGGGAAACAAUGUGACUCUGCGCUGUAGAAACAAAACUACUUCUGCCAACCCCACAGCUGAUUUCUAUAAAGAUGGACUCUUCAUCAGGAGCAGCUCUACAGGGGAGAUGAUCAUCUACAGUGUUUCCAAGUCUGAUGAAGGACUCUACAAGUGUAACAUCUCAGGAGCUGGAGAAUCACCAGAGAGCUUGCUGGCUGUCAAAGCAUUUUCACCUCCAGAAUCGAAAAACCAUUCUCAUCCUUCCUCCUCCAGUGCUGUCCCAUGGAUCAUUGUGACUUGUUUACUGGUGGUUAUGUUGGUGGUGGUUGGCAUACAGUGUUUUGGCAAAGAUUAUUGGCUCAGAGGAUUCUGUGUUCAACGAGUUUGA